AUGCUCCGCAUGAAUCGCUGCAGUAGCAGCCGCGAGACUUUAGCAUCUGAAAAGGCCCACGUCGUUGUCGCGUCGCGGCUUUCCGGCAUGAACCCGACAGAUGUCCCGCUGGUCACUCGGGCAAGGCCCCAGCACGCCAGGGCUGCCGCCAUGCUUUUUGAUGCAGCUGAUGCCAACGCCGACUCGGACGACGAGGCCACCCUCCCGACCCCGGCCCGCCUCUUCACCUCACACUCCUCAUUUGAUUUGACCGCCGACCUAGCCGCGUUUGCACCAGAGCCCUCGUCAGGCGCCAGCUCACCCGAGCCCUCGGAUGUGGUCACCUCCCUGCUCGAUACCGACUCCGACUCGCCCCUUCACCCGUUGGUGCCCACUCCCCCGCGCUCCCGUCUGCGUGAGCGGAAAAAACCUGCCAAUCCGGCCAAUUUACCUGCCCCAGUACCUCAAAGCCACGGCAAAAGCGGUGGUGCCCGCCCAACGGCUGGGCGACCGAAUACACCCCCUCACGUCCGCCGCCGCCGUCUCAGCGGCCUGCUCAACGUCAACUCCGUUCAACGGGCCGCCCAGGCUGCCAGUCAGUCUGUGCGCAUGCGCCGUUCUAGUCCUCGUACCGCCCUGCAGGAUGCAUCCCAGGACAAGACCGACCCACAGGACGACAAUUACAAUUGCUGGGCCUUCAACGCAAACGCGCCCGCACCGAAGCUCUCGCCUUGA